AUGAAUUUAAAAAGAGGCGAUGGUGAUAAACCGGUAUCUAUUAAAUCCUCAAAUUCCGCAAAAAAGAGAGAUGAAUAUCCACUUCCUCAUCAUACAACACCUUCACUGACCAAUGAAGGUUUCGAUUCUGUAACGGUAACCUUAUUACCAACGACGUAUUCUAAUGACAACAAAUCUAUACAGGAAAACUUUUCAAAUUUAAGAAUUCCAAUACUUGCUUGCCUCAUAGCUACGCUUUCUCUGAUUAUAAUUGCAAUGGUUUUUGGCUUUUACAUUAAAAGACGAAACAAGACGUUUGCCAUCGCUAUUAAGAAAGGUUUUCAUAAUAACGCUUCUCACAUCUCUGCGAUAAUAUCAGAAUCAAUAAUUGAUGAGAGAAUAGAAAUUCAAGAAAUAAAUUCCGAAUCUCCAAGGUCUUCAACAUCUUCAAUCCUUAUAGAAGUUAUGACGGAUACAUUAUCAAAUAUAAUUAAGAAUCAAGGAGGAAAGAUAGAGAUCCCUAGUAAUAAUAAUUCUAACGUAUCGGCUAGACCCGAAUUGAUUCGAGUGAAAUCCUUGGAUUACUCUAACAAUGAGGAUUAUAAUUCCAAGAAUGGAAAUGAUUUAGCAAGUUCGAUCAAAAAUAUAUUUGGAAAACGUCGUUCAAUUUUAAAAAAUACUACUAGCGUUUAG